UGAGCCUCCAUUUCUUUGUUCUCGUCAAAAAGUGUGUCUUCCAUUUGAAUAAUUCAUGUUGAUUGAAUUGUGAUAUUUUUGUUGAGCGCUCAUCAUGAAUGAAGAAAUAUCUGCUGAUAAUCCUUACAGUAGACUAGUAGCGUUAAAGAAGCUCGGUGUUGUGCAGAAUUUUGACGAAAUUAGAAAGUUUUCGAUAGCUGUGGUAGGUUUAGGCGGCGUGGGUAGUGUGGCUGCGGAAAUGCUUGUUCGCUGUGGUAUUGGAAAGCUCGUUCUUUUUGAUUAUGACACAGUUGAGUUGGCAAACAUGAAUCGACUUUUUUAUAAACCAGAACAACGAGGCAAAACAAAGGUACAAGCAGCAAAGGAAACUUUGGAAGCAAUUAACCCAGAUGUCGUUGUUGACGGUUAUCACUUUGAUAUUACUUCGGUUAGAAGCUAUGAUAAAUUUGUACAAGUAUUAAAAACUGGUUCAACGGAUGAAGCUUCUGCUGUCCAUCUCGUGUUGAGUUGUGUGGAUAACUACAACGCUAGAAGUACCAUCAAUAUGGUUUGCAAUGAAUUAAGAUUGACCUGGUUUGAAAGUGGUGUUUCAGAAGAUGCUCUUAAUGGUCACGUGCAGUUCAUAGUUCCUGGAGUCUUUGCUUGUUAUAGUUGUGUCCCUCCUCUUUUAGUUGCUUCAGGUGUGGAUGAGUCCACGUUGAAGAGAGAAGGAGUAUGUGCAGCCUCUUUACCAACUACUAUGGGAAUCAUUGCAGGUUUAUUGGUUCAAAAUAGUUUGAAAUAUCUCUUAGGGUUUGGUCAAGUAUCCAAUUACAUCGGUUACAAUGCAUGGACUGACUAUUUUUCAACGAUGACCGUGAAGCCAAACGAUUCAUGUCCCGAUCCUAAUUGUUUGCAUUGGCAAAGAGUUUAUCAAAUGGAACAACAAAAUAAGCAAGCAUUAGAGGAACCUGAUAAAACGAGUCAUUCCAAUGUGGAAAAUCCCGUCGUCCAUCAAGAUAAUGAAUGGUCUAUUCAAGUAGUUGAUGAUGGUUUCGAGAUUGAAGAGCAGCUUUCACAUGUGAAGGAAGACAAGAAGAAAGUAUUGGAAGAACAGACUGGUGAGUCAUACGCUUAUUCACUUUCAGAGGAAAGCUUAGAAACGCAACAACUUGUAAAGCAAUUGCGUUCCAUGCGAUGAGAUGAAUAAAAUAGACUUGAUUUGA